AUGAAUCACUUUUGGCUCUUUCAAAUUCGAAGGUUUUGCACACUGUUUUAUGUUCAUACAGGUGCUGGUCGUAACUCUGCCAAGCCGAGCAAAAGAAAAGGUCAAGGCAAAAAAACCAAAAUUUCAAAAGGAAAAGGGAAAUCAAAAUCAAAAGAGAAAACAAAAGUAAAACGUAAAUCAAAAGAAAAAGAGAAAUCAAAAGCAACAGAGAAGGAAAAAGAAAAAGGAAAGUCUGAAGCACAAGGAACUGAUGAACCAUUACAACUUACCAUAAGAAUUCCUACCCAGUAUGACAAAAUUGUGAUUGAUGCGGCCGCUCAAGAGGCUCAGGUAAGGAUCUAG